AUGGCUCUGACAUCGAUUAUUCGUAAGGCGCUUUCUAAGCCUUCCCCGGCAUUCGGGUUCUGGCUGACGCUCCCGAGCACGGCGAUAGCGAGGACUGUCCUUCGCUCAGCGUCCAACUCGCCUGCUUCUCCGCUUUCGUGGGUGCUGAUAGAUGGUGAACACGGAUUGAUCUCCGAGAAGGACUACUAUGAUCUGUCUGCAACAGUCGCUAGUGAGGGAUCUAGUCCUAUUAUCCGAGUUCCCUGUGCAGAGGAGUGGAUGAUCAAGAGGGCUCUUGAUUCUGGGGCACAUGGCAUUUUGACCCCCAUGUGCCACACCGCGGAGGAUGCCGCGCGGAUUGUCAAGUACUCUAAAUAUCCCCCAGCCGGAAGCCGUGGGUACGGUCCGUCGUUUGCGGUUCAUUCGUUUCCGUCACUGGCACCGGGGCCCACUUAUGAAGUCAACGCCGACAAGCAGCUCGUGGUCAUGGUGCAGAUCGAGUCCCAGUCGGGCGUGGACAAUGUGGAAAAGAUUGCUGCCACUGAAGGGCUCGAUAUCUUGCUUAUCGGCCCUUUUGAUCUUGCCAAGCAGUUGAAUGUCACUUGGGGCGGCCCCGAGCACGAAGCGGCUAUUGCGCGUGUGUUGAAGGCUGCUCAAGACAACAGCAAAAAGGCCGCAAUCUUUUGCACCAACGGAGAUCAAGCCCGCGUAAGGAUCGAACAAGGCUUUGACAUGGUCUCUAUCGCGACCGACGCUACGGUGUUGGCGGAGGGGAUGAUGCGUGAACUCGGCGCAUCACAGGGUCUGGAUGGACAACGUAAGGAGACCGCGAACCCAACAUACUAA